AUGACUGAAAAACGAAUGUCGCGGUGGUAUUUCGGUGGGCUGGCAUCAUGUGGAGCCGCCUGCUGCACGCAUCCUCUGGAUCUCCUUAAGGUACACUUACAGACGCAGCAGGAGGUAAAGAAGAGGAUGAUUGGAAUGGCUGUUCAUGUGGUGAAGAACGACGGAGUCCUGGCUCUAUACAGUGGUCUAUCUGCUUCACUAUGUAGACAGAUGUCAUAUUCCCUCACCAGAUUUGCCAUCUAUGAAACAGUGAGGGACAUGAUGGGCAGCACGAACCAGGGCCCCAUGCCUUUUUACCAGAAGGUCCUGCUGGGAGCCUUUGGAGGUUUCACUGGUGGGUUUGUUGGGACCCCUGCAGACAUGGUGAAUGUCAGGAUGCAGAAUGACGUGAAACUACCACCAGAACUGAGGAGAAACUACAAACAUGCCAUUGAUGGACUUUUCAGGGUCUUCAGAGAAGAGGGCAUCAGGAAACUCUUUUCAGGAGCCUCCAUGGCCUCCAGCAGAGGAGCAAUGGUUACUGUGGGACAGUUGGCAUGUUAUGACCAAGCCAAGCAGCUGGUGUUAGGAACAGGCAUGAUGGGAGAUAACAUAUUCACACACUUUCUUUCCAGCUUCAUUGCGGGAGGCUGUGCUACAUUCCUGUGUCAGCCUCUAGACGUACUGAAGACGAGGCUGAUGAAUUCAAAAGGAGAGUAUACAGGGGUGAUACAUUGCUUACGAGAAACAGCCAUACUGGGUCCACUGGCAUUUUACAAGGGACUUGUUCCUGCAGGAAUCCGCUUGAUUCCCCACACAGUGCUCACCUUCAUCUUCCUUGAGCAGCUCAAGAAACACUUUGGCAUUCGUAUCAUCUCCUGAUUGCGCUCUGACCAGCCGCUCUUAAGCCACCCUUACUGCCUAUCACUACACCCACAGUCACUCUGCUGUUCAUCAAAGGAAAGAAGGGAAGGAAGGAAGACACACACAGUUUGAUAUGGCUUGUGUAUGCUUUCCCUCUCCUUUAGCUCUACCUCUACAUUACAGCUAGUAGUUAAAUUGUUUUUUUUUUAUUUGGAGCACCAACUUCCAGUAAGGAGCUAAUCCUCUUCUGAUUAUCCAUAAAUACUAAUGAUAUGAUAUUAGUUAGAAAUGAUUUAAUCAAAAAGGUCUGUAAUGUGUUAUUAGAAUGACAGAUGAUAAAAUUAAUCGAUAUCCAUGAUCAUUUUAGCUACAGAUGGGUACGUGAUUGUAAUAAUUGAAUUAAUAAUUGUUGCUUAAAUAAGUCCUUUUCUAACCUUUGAUUGUUAUCAUAUUAUACCAAGACAUGUUUAGGAUUUAUAGAAUUGUAAAAUCUACUUAUGAAGCUUAAAAACAAACCCAGCAUGGCCUUGUCCUCAGUGUGACUCUGAUAGACAGUAACAGUAAAUACCAAAGCCAUUACUGAAGCAUGACUAAACAAGCUGUUACGUAAUUCCAUAAUAACCAUUCCAACCAACGUUAACCACGUGGGCUGUGCUCUUGGUACUGAUUUAUUUGUUAUCUUCCUUGUUGAUUAAUUUAUAUUUUAGAACUGGAAAUCGACUUUUCGCAGGUUAAAGUUACAUUAUCGUUUACCAGAUAUUUUGUAUUUUACUUCGUUCCUCUGUUAGCAUUUCACUCUCAGAUCUAGAGAAGAUAAGGACCAGUAUUGCUAAUGCUGCAUUUUCUAAGUGAGAAGGAAAUUAGUGGAGAAAGUGUGAACCAGAGGAGCAGGCUGUUAAAAUCCUAAUGAAGAUAGAGGCUGUUUUGUGCAGAAGCCCUCGUGGCAAAUUGAGGGUUUUGCACAUUAUCUAAAGUCUUAACUCUCCUGUAUUUGACUAAUUGGAAUUUCUUUUGCCAGAGUAAUCUUUCUUAAUUUGUUAUUUAACAGGGGAAAAAAGUGUUUUGCAGUUCUAAUUUUGGCCACUAGAGGUAUCUCUAUUCCAUGUUAUAAAUAAAACUAAAGGCCCUCAUGUUAAUUUCAGCAUUUAGUAUAAACAUGAGGCACUUACAUUGUGUGUUGGCACAUUUCUAACAUUACUUUUAUGAAUUUCCUUUGGAUAUAAAUGUAUCAUAGCUCGUUAGGGGUGUGUUGGGUUUAACUUGAAGUAAAAUGGGUCUAAAUCACCACCUUUUAUUAUCUGAGACAGUCAUCAGUGUUACUGUUUUUUGCACUCAUUCUCAAAUAAGAGUUUAUAUUUCAUUCAAAACACAGGGACAACCUCUUGACCAAAAAUCGUACUGUACAAACACAUUGUGAAUUUGGGGCAGAUUAAAAAAAACAACAACCCAAAAAACCCAAAACAGUUUUACCUUCUAACACAGUCUGUUUUCUUUCAUCUCUUCUCCCAUAUGAAUAAUAUUAAAUAUAGAAUUUUUUUUCUUUUUCCUGCCUGUUCUUAAGUCAUAAAUCAAUGCAUUCUCAUUCACAGGUGUCAGAUAAAACACUACUGCUAGUGCUGCAGAGAUACCCAUAAAGUGUCCUUUUGGCAUCUGUCCCUUGAUGCACUGGCUGAGACAAUAUUAGGUGCUGAGACAUAAUGGGUCCUCUUUUAAAGGGCGACAAAAUACGCUUUCUGAUGUUAGAGGGGAUGUGAAAGAAGUCAUGAGUUUGUCACCCAGGAGACUGCAGUUUGUGUCACAUUUCAGAGCUUGGUGUCUUCCACUUCCUUCUUCACAUUUCAAAAGAAAAUACAUUUCUAAGCUUUUGCUUAUUUUCUAAAUGCUAUCACCCACUGGUUACAUCUAACCUUAAAAAACUACUUGCUUUGGAAUGAUCACACUUUUUACAAGAUGCCCCAUCACAUCAUUAACACUCUACAUUCAAGAAUGAAACUUACCAAGUUCAUUCAGAUGUGAAAGGAGUAGUUUGUUCAUCCUUAUGUGACAAGCUGGGAACGACAGCCACCAACUAAUGCCAUAAUCAGUGUGUCAGUACAUCAAUGCCAACGGACACUUUGUGCGUAUUGUGUAAAAUGACUGCAUUUGAAGCCUUGGUAAUGAGAAUGAGUUGCUUUAACACAGGAGUGACAAAAAAGAAAUAGACCACCCUUUUUAAAAAACCACUAGAUUUUUUUCUUUAUUUCUGUCUGACUGGCUUCUCAGAGCUUCUGUAGUAAAUUUUUCAAUAACCACUUGAUAUCUUACAAUUCUUUUUAAAUCUAUAAAGAUGCCUGUGAAGAACUGCUGUAGCAUUCUAUAAUCCUAGUGUUUGGUCUAAUUAGAUGCAUGUCAGAGUUUGUCUCAGGAUGCUUCUCUGUUUUAUGAGAUGACCCUUGAAAUCUUUAUGAUUGACCUGCUGCUUAGAAACACAUGCUGUAUGUUAAAGCAUGUUCUAAAAGUAAAGUUCCGGUUAGCAACGUUAAUGUCUUAUCGCAGUUACUGUUCUGUGACAACUUUGACUUCGGUUCAGAGAAAUGAUGCAUCUGAAGUGCUGUGCCUGCUCUGUUAACAGAACUUGUAAAGUCAUGUUGCCUUAAAGUUUCUGUCCUGCAGAGGGCAGCAUAGAAACGUGUGAAGCGUCAUCCAAGUGUGCAUCCGAGUAACCCUGCAUCUUCAUCCUAGGAUGAACUGUGAAAAAAUGAAACUGGAAGAACAGUGUGAUGAGUUCUGAUUUAGAUUUUAACAAAUGUUUUUUGGAAUUAAAGUACUAAUUUAAAA